GCCGUCACCUCAGCGCAGCGUGAAACGCUUAUGAAUUACGGCUUCAACUGACGAAAUCAUAUGGAGGACGCCGCAAUGACCCCGUUUUGCGCUUUCAUAAGCCGCCUCGCUUAUCGAAACAGGGAAAGCUCAAGCGAAUUCGGCUCUCCCCACAGACCUCCCCCAGAUGAAGGGGAGUACUUAUGGGAGUCGAUACCCCAGUGCAGUCCUUCUUCAAGAAUAACGCGAACCUAUUGAGACUUGCUAUGGAUAGAACAGAUACCAGUGUCGAAAUGUCGGCGCACGACGAUAACAAGAAUGGCGAAGGACUAAGUCUACACCUCGAUGAAGUGCACGACUCUUCUGUGACUGGUCUAACCGUGUUCGAGGAACGCCAAAGGACUCCUGAGGAGAAGAAGAUCGAGCGCAAGCUCUUACUCAAGAUCGACUUCAUCAUCUUGCCCCUUCUCGCCUUGGUGUACUUUCUCGCCUCUAUGGAUCGAGGUGAUCUUGCCAAUGCAGCUGUUGCCGGCAUGUCUGAAAACCUGCACCUGACAGGCAAACAACUGGCGAAUUGUGUGUCCCUAUUCUACGUUGGAUACAUCGUCUUUCAGCUUCCAGGCGACCUCUUCCUUCGAAAAGUGACACCACCAAUCCAACUCUGCCUUGCCAUGGUAUCGUGGGGACUCGUGACAACAUUACUUUCUCAGGCACGGAACUAUGCCACCCUUGCAGGCCUACGUGUCGUCAUCGGAGCAGCUGAAGCCUUCGUGCAAGCUGCACCACUCUAUGUCACAUUGUGGUACAAGAGAAACGAACUGGCCUCACGCAUUGGCAUUUUAUUCUCGAUGCAAGCACUCGCAGGCAGUUUCAAUGGCUUGAUAGCGUAUGGCAUCGAGACAAACUUGAACGGAGCUCUAGGUGUGGCGGCAUGGCAAUGGAUUUUUCUCAUCGAGGGACCAAUCACCAUAGCAUGUGGCUUCAUCAUCCUGGCUCUUCUCCCACCUGUGCCUGAAAAGGUACGAUUCGGUUUCACCGAAGCAGAAAAGUCCAUGGCAAUGUUGCGAUCACGAGAGGCUUACAACACCCUCCACGCGAAAAUCACCCCAAAGCAGCUUCUCGGUCUCAUGAAGGACGUGAAGAUAUAUCUCUACAUCGUCCUGUACUGCUGCACCAAUGUCAAUCUGGCCUCGGUUGGAGGUUUCUUGCCUUUGAUCAUCAAGUCUCUGGGCUACAAAUCGGUGCAUGCCCAACUACUUACCAUCCCGGUCUUUGCCUGUGCCGUUACUUCGAUCUUGAUAUUCGGCUUCGCGUCGGAUCGGACGAGGCACCGUGGCGGCUUCUUGGUCACUGCUUACGCCAUCACGGCCGUAGGUUGGAUCAUCCUGCUCGUCGCCGGGGUUGAACACAAAAAGCUCGCGUUUGGAGGGACGUUUGUCAUCGCCGUCGGGACCUAUCCGACCGUCAUACUCAGUCUGGGGUGGUUGAACUCCAACAUAAUUGGGUUUACAAAGAGGGCUGCAUCCCUCGCCGCGAUCAACAUGGUGGGCCAAUCCUUUUCUAUCGCAGGAUCUAUGGUCUUUGACUCUCCACCCACAUACCGCAAGGGCAAAAUCUUUGCCCUGUCGUUUGCCCUGCUGGGGAUGCUCGUGGCUACGCUGUUGAUGGGCUAUCUUCACGUGCAAAACCACAAAAAGCGACAGAAUCAACAUACCCCGGACGCCCGUGAGAGGAGAAGAAUGGACCUCGAAGAGAUUUGCGAGGAUCAUCCGGACUUUUUCUACUGGCUUUGAAAGGAAUACCACGGAGUAUGACUUUAGAGUUCCUUUCAGUCAUAGAUGCACUCGAGCAGCAGCUUUGGGUCAUGUCGGUUGUUGUAGAUACCAAUAUGAACCAGAAAAUUGGGGCAAUAAAGCCCUUCUGACUCCCACCGGGUUAAUGUCAGCCCCA